CGGAAGCCCGGGGCGGGAGGCGGGAGGCGGGGCGGCGCGCUGAGUCACACGGGAUCGACCCGCCCGCCGCUGGCCGGGGCAGAGGUGACAGCGGGCCCGGGCCGGGCGGCUGCCACAGCCCGCCGCGCCGAGGGGACCGCCGGGCAGCGGAGAGCAGGUUAGAAGACAUGGAGACGGGCUCAGUGGUUCGCGCCAUCUUUGACUUCUGCCCCAGUGUGUCAGAAGAGCUGCCACUGUUUGUGGGCGAUGUCAUCGAGGUGCUGGCAGUGGUGGAUGAAUUUUGGCUUCUAGGAAAGAAAGAAGAUGUCACAGGACAGUUCCCUAGCAGUUUUGUGGAGAUUGUAACCAUUCCCAGUCUCAAGGAGGGAGAGAGACUGCUCGUGUGCAUCAGUGAAUUUACCUCCCAAGAGCUGAACAGCCUCCCCCUCCACCGAGGUGACCUGGUGGUUCUCGAUGGCGCUCUCACGGCAGGCUGGCUUCAGGGUCGAAGCUGCUGGGGAGCCCGGGGCUUCUUCCCAUCCUCGUGUGUCCGGGAGCUCUACCUGUCCUCGCAGAGUCAGCGGUGGCACUCCCAGAGUGCCCUGCUUCAGAUUCCUGACUAUUCCAUGGGACAAGCCCGGGCCCUGAUGGGGCUGUCUGCCCAGCUGGAUGAGGAGUUGGACUUCAGGGAAGGGGACGUGAUUACUAUUAUCGGAGUUCCAGAACCAGGUUGGUUUGAAGGGGAGCUGGAGGGUCGCAGAGGCAUCUUCCCAGAAGGAUUUGUAGAGCUCUUGGGGCCCCUGCGGACUGUGGAUGAGUCGGUAAGUUCUGGAGAGCAGGAUGACUGCAUUGUGAAUGGUGAUGUGGAAACGCCUGUCGGAGAAGCAGAGAGUGAGCUAGGUGACACUGAUGAGAAGCCAGGGGCCUAUGGAAUUGCCCUCUACAGAUUCCAGGCCCUGGAGCCCAACGAGUUGGAUUUUGAUGUUGGGGAUAAAAUCCGGAUUCUGGCGACCUUGGAGGAUGGCUGGCUGGAAGGCUCCCUGAGGGGCAGGACGGGCAUCUUUCCCUACCGGUUCGUGAAGUUGUGUCCUGACCAGCGGGUUGAGGAGACCCCACCGCAGGAAGGCGACCAUCCUGAGAUCAUCGAGCCCCCCUCGGAGGAUUUAGAGAAUGGCUUAGCCGUGGAGGAAGCCCAGAGGGCCAGUGAGGUUGUUUCUGAAACAUCCCCUUCAGCCCACCACCACCUGACCUCUGAGUGUGCCGUCAACCAGCAUGCUCAGCAUGGUGAGGGUGCCUCUGGAGGGCCCCCAAGAGGCCCGGGGGGACCCGCAAAGCCUCCUGACAGAGACUCCUCCACAUCGGGUCAUACAGGGGUCGUCAAUGGCCUUUCCUCCCAGCCACAGGCACCUUUUCACACCAAGUUGCAGAGAACCCAGUGUUACACCACUGCAGGAGGGGGACCCCGGGGCUCAGCAAGGUGCCCUGACCUUCCUUCAGCAGCCAGGACUAGAGACUACGCCAGCCUACCUCCCAGAGGGACUGGUUCCCAGCCGAGAACUCUGCCCGCGCCAUUGCCUGCCCUUCAGAGGGGCUCAUCCCUUCCAGCCUGCCGAGGAGUCAGACCUAACUCCUGGAGUCCCCAGCCACAGGGUCCAGCUCCCUGUGCUAAGAAAUACCAGGUGUGCAAAGAAAACGCCACUGGUUUGGGCUAUGCACCAGAGCAACCAGAACUCAAGCCUGGCCCGCAAGCCUGGCCCACUCUGGAAGUUCCAGCAACUCCCCAGGCAGAGGGCAGCCUUGAUCUGGAUUCUAAGUUGACUCAGCAGCUAAUAGAGUUUGAGAAGAGCUUGGCAGGCCCUGGCACCGGACCAGAUAGAGCCUUCCGCCACUUUUCCAUCAUGGACUUUAACUCCGAGAAGGAUAUCGUGCGGGGUUGUCCCAAGCCAGCCUCCCUACAGGAGCUGCCAGAGAGGAGGAGGGCAUUGAGGCCUCCCCCGCCCCGGCCCUGCGUCCCUGCACCUGCUUCUCCCCGUCUGCUUACUGACCAGAGCCAGACACUUACACCUCCCUUGGCCAUGCGCCCCUCCCGCCCAGCUCCCCUCCCUCCCUCAGCACAGCAGAGGAUGAGCACAGUGUCCCCCAAGCUUGGAGCUGGUCCCCAUCCCAGAUGUGACACCCCAGAAGAGGAGCACCCUGAACACAUGCAGGGGAGCCCAAACCACACCUCCCCACACCCCUUCGUCUUGGUGAGGAUUCAGGAAGUGGAGCGGGACUUGGACGUGUACAGCCGAGCUCAAGAGGAGCUGACUUUAAUGCUGGAGGAAAAGCAAGACGAGUCGUUGAGGGCCGAGACCCUUGAGAAUCUCGAGUUCUAUGAGAGUAACAUUGAAAGUCUGACCGUGGAGCUCCAGCAGCUCAGAGAAAUGACGCUGCUCUCCUCCCAGUCUUCCUCGCUGGCAGCCCCUGCUGCAACUGUGUCCACGGAGAACCCGGAGCAGAGAAUGCUGGAGAAGAGAGCCAAAGUGGUGGAAGAACUUCUUCAGACGGAAAGAGACUACAUUCGGGAUCUGGAAAUGUGUAUUGAGCACAUCAUGGUACCACUGCAGCAGGCCCAGGUGCCGAACAUUGAUUUUGAGGGACUUUUUGGAAAUAUGCAGGUGGUGAUCAAGGUUUCAAAACAGUUGUUGGCUGCUCUGGAAACCAGCGAUGCUGUAGGGCCUGUGUUUCUUGAUCAGCGGGAUGACCUUGAGGGGACCUACAAGGUUUACUGCCAGAAUCACGACGAGGCCAUUUCUCUGCUAGAGAUCUACGAGAAGGACGAGAAGAUCCAGAAGCAUCUUCAGGACGCCCUGGCAGAUCUCAAGAGCCUGUACAAUGAAUGGGGAUGCACAAACUACAUUAACCUGGGCUCCUUCCUCAUCAAGCCAGUCCAGAGAGUCAUGCGUUACCCGCUGCUGCUGAUGGAGCUGCUGAAUUCCACACCGGAGUCCCACCCGGAUAAGGUGCCCUUGACCAGCGCGGUGCUCGUGGUCAAGGAGAUCAAUGUGAACAUUAACGAAUACAAACGGCGAAAGGAUCUAGUCCUCAAGUACCGUAAAGGUGAUGAAGAUAGCCUUAUGGAGAAGAUUUCCAAACUGAAUAUCCACUCUAUCAUCAAGAAAUCCAACCGGGUCAGCAGCCACCUGAAGCACCUCACUGGCUUUGCUCCCCAGAUAAAAGAUGAAGCAUUUGAAGAAACAGAAAAGAACUUCCGAAUGCAGGAAAGGUUGAUCAAAUCUUUCAUCCGGGACCUGUCCCUCUACCUCCAGCAUAUUCGAGAGUCGGCGUGUGUGAAGGUGGUGGCUGCCGUGAGCAUGUGGGAUGUGUGUGUGGAGAGGGGGCACCGAGACUUGGAGCAGUUCGAGAAGGUGCAUCGCUACAUCAGUGACCAGCUCUUCACCAGUUUUAAAGAGAGGACGGAGCGCCUGGUCAUCUCCCCGCUGACUCAACUGCUGAGCAUGUUCACGGGGCCCCACAAGCUGGUGCAGAAGCGCUUCGACAAGCUCCUCGACUUCUACAACUGCACCGAGCGGGCCGAGAAGCUCAAGGACAAGAAGACGCUGGAGGAGCUGCAGUCGGCCCGCAACAACUACGAGGCGCUCAACGCGCAGCUGCUGGACGAGCUGCCACGCUUCCAGCGCUGCGCCCAGGGCCUCUUCGCCCACUGCGUGCACGGCUACGCCGAGGCCCACCGUGACUUCGUGCAGCAAGCGCUGGAGCAGCUGCAGCCGCUGCUCUCUUUACUGAAAGCGGCCGGCCGAGAGGGCAACCUCAUCGCCAUCUUCCACGAGGAGCACAGCAGGGUGCUGCAGCAGCUGCAGGUCUUCACCUUCUUCCCCGAGGCCCUUCCCGCUGCCCGGAAGCCCUUUGAGAGGAAGACCACGGACCGCCAGUCGGCGCGGAAGCCCCUGCUGGGCAUGCCGGGUUACGUGCUGCAGUCCGAGGAGCUCCGGGCCUCCCUCCUGGCCAGGUACCCCCCUGAGAAGCUCUUCCAGGCAGAACGGAACUUCAACGCGGCUCAGGAGCUGGACGUCUCACUCCUAGAGGGCGACCUGGUGGGGGUGGUCAAAAAGAAGGACCCCAUGGGCAGUCAGAACCGCUGGCUGAUUGACAACGGAGUCACCAAGGGUUUCGUGUACAGCUCUUUCCUGAAGCCCUACAACCCCCGCCGCAGCCACUCGGACGCUUCUGUGGGCAGCCACUCCUCCACCGAGUCCGAGCACAGCGGCGCCUCCCCCCGGUUCCCCCGGCAGAACAGUGGCAGCACUUUGACCUUCAAUCCCAGCAGCAUGGCUGUGGCCUUCCAGAAGCAGCCUCAGGACGCAGGUGCAUCCAAGGACUGCGACGCUGGCACUUGGAGCGCCUCCUUGAACUUGAGUAGCUCGGAGGAUGGUCCUUCAGAACCAACCACCUCCUCCCCACCCAGGGCAGGGGACUCUGUGGAUGCAGCCAGAGACACAAGCCAGCCCACUGCCACCCUGAGGAGCUAUCGCAGCAGUAGGCCCCCAGAGGGGGUUGCUUACUCCGUGCCAGGGCGAAACGGGCAGGGCCGAGAACUCCCCCGAGGAUGUGCACGAGCAGCCCAGCCCGCAGAAUACCAAAGCAAAGAACCGGAAAGCAUCGAGGCAGAAGGCAACCAGGUCUACUUUGCUGUAUAUAGCUUUACUGCACGAAACCCGAAUGAGCUGAGUGUGUCUGCCAAUCAGAGACUCAAGAUCCUGGAGUUCAGAGACGUCACAGGGAACACAGAGUGGUGGUUGGCCGAGCUUAACGGGAAGAAAGGCUACGUGCCAUCCAAUUACAUCCGCAAGACCGAGUACACCUGAGCGGCCCUGCUUCCCACUCCGCCUCACUGCCUUCACACUCGGCCUACGGCAGGCUCUGCCAGGCCAAGGAGGGGGCACCCGCUCCCAAGACAUGGGCCCUGCCACCUCGCCGGGUCAUGGCAUGGUGGAAACACGAUUAAAGUCCUGUUUGGUUGGGUUGCAAACCUUGAUGCUCACUAGUGUUUCUAGAAUUUGAAAUGGACCCUGGUCCUGAGAAGAAAGGCAAGGCCCGGGCCCCAGCUCCAGAAGAUGAGACCGCCAACCGGAAGACCAGUGUUCUGUGUGUGCAAGAAGCCAGGUUGUAGCCAGACCGAGCGUGAGGUGGGCCGUGUGCUGGGAGCAGCCGACCAGAAUCCGACUGGGGCAGAAGACAGACUGGAGGUUCCCAGGGGCCUUUGAGGCUGAGCUUUGCCUGUAGCAAGGAGUUGUUCAGCAUAGCCUGAAGCUUUAGCUACGCACUACAGGUCUCUAAACUAGCGCCUCCUGGAACCCUUCCUUCACUGCAUUUCCAGAUUGGCAAUGCAGCCUUUAAGGCCUUAGGUUUUUUCUUGCACCUUCAUCUGAAAGUUUCUAUUCUCUGGCACAGUGCAGUCAGCCAGCCCAACCAGCAACAGCAUGCCAGCUGCCCCAUGCAAGUAUUAGUCCCAGCACAGCCUCACAGCAGUGCAGCCUAGGG